AAUACGUCAAAAUCGAAACGGUCAAGUCAAAACUCAACAGGGGGAUUUUGUGGGUGGCUGCUCACCAGGAUCGUGACAGUUCUUCAUGGAAGGAACUCGUGUUUGCGACGAAAAACUUGUUAAUUUAUUUGUAGAUGCUCAUGUUAUUUAUCUAAAAGGAAAUAAAAUUCGAGGCAUCUAUGACUGCAUUGCUAAGUGACUAAGUGCUGAUAAGUGGUUGCCAAUUUAUAAUUUGUUGUAAACUCUUCCUCCAGAUUCCCAAGUUUUGACAGUGGCUUGUUUGCUCUUCAAAAUUUAAGUUGUUUUUUUUACAUAAAGUGUCGAAAAAUUCCCGGGGAAAUUCUCCAAAAACGUGUUGUUGACAUGAGUCAUCCUCCUUAUCCUCAUUUCAUUAUUAAACAGGGAAUAAAUUCCACUGUCCAGGAAGUGAUGUCUUGUAAAUAAGGUUGUAAAUAAUGAAAACACAUCGAGAAAAGAUGGAAGAUGAACAUCCGGUGAGAGAAGCUAAUAAAAUUUGCGGAGUUUGUGGAGACAGAGCUUUGGGAUACAACUUUAACGGAAUUUCUUGUGAAAGCUGUAAAGCGUUUUUUCGAAGAAAUGCACUGAAAAAGAAGGUUUGUUCCCCUUUCAUAAACAAAACGAAGAUGAAAAGUUCUUUAUAGGAAGAUUUUCAGCUUCCUGGACUUCCGGUGUCCUUUCACGGAAAAUUGCAGUAUCACUCCCGUAACUCGGCGCUUCUGUCAGAAAUGUAGACUCGACAAGUGCUUCAUCAUAGGAAUGCGAAAAGAGUACAUAAUGUCAGAAGAAGACAAAGUUCUAAAACGUCAAAAAAUCGAGCAAAAUCGUGCCAAGAAGAGGCCCAAUCCCGGCGAUUCAAAAGUAACAAAAAUGAAGCGCGAGUCAGUUGAGGAAUCCAAUUUUGACAACGACACUUCCGUUUCUAUAGCCUCGGUCGUUUCCACAGCUUCUACGAUGUCGGAAACUUACUUCUGGGAGUCUGACAGAAAAUACACGGACCUGGAUUCAAAUAGGCUGACUGUAAUUGACAAUAUGAGUCCCGUGACGGCAGCCAGUGUUCCCAGUCCUUCGAGCCCUCCACAAAAUUCGGACAUUGCCGGCUCGAAAACCCUCGAGAUGUUGAGAGAAUCCAAUUCAGUCAUGAAUUUUUAUUCGAACGAGAUAAUGGAGAGUGGUUCUCCGUCCAAGAGGAUUUAUACCAAUUCUGACAUCAUAUCUUCUGACAAUAAAAGCUCCGUUGAGAGGAACAUAGAGGAUGAAAGUGGACCAUCAAAUUUCGAAAGCCUCAGAGACAGAUUUAAGGAGAAUUUCGCCGAGAAAAGCUCUUUAGCGUAUCAGCGGAUCGAGCCAAAUUUCGAGAAGAGAACUCCUUACGAGGAAAGUGUUUUAAGAGGGAGACCAGUUUCGGAGGCGUGUUUUAAUUCGGGAACUGCCGAGGAAACAGUUUGUUUCAAACCAAAGGAAUCGUGUGCCAAGGGUUCAAAUCUUGCUAUGAAAAUCGCCCAGGAUCCAGAAUUGGUUGCCAAGAUGGUCAACAAUCCUCUUUUACUUGCGAGAAUUUUUGAGAAUCAGGAUGUUCUGAUGAAAAUUAUGAUGGAUCCGCAGACGAUCUCUAAAUUGACUGCCGAUCCGUCUAUUUCGGAAUUUUUGGAACAAAAUGUGGUUGAUGCUGGUGAUAGGAAUGGAGAACGGGAAAGAAGUUCGAAGGAAGGGUUUCAGGAUCAGUUGAAAAAUGAUAGAGGUUCUGAUCAGUUGAAUCGGCAUGUUUUGGAGAUGCAGCAUUGUCAGGUUGAGAAUCCGAUUUUGACGAAUUUGAUCACGAAUCCGGGCUCUGAUGAGGCAAAACUUGAAACAGCGGAACCGAGUACUAGUGAUUGGAACAAAACUGCUGAUGAUGUUACGAGGGAUGUUCUUCAGGAUGUUCAAAGAUUGCCAAUCACUCCUAAUUCUAUCGAAUCGAUUCUCUGCGAGGCGAUAAAGUUGGAAUUUUCAGCAUUUUCAUCUCUGGGUAACAAUCUGAACAGUCGAGAAUUGAAUGACUCUGAGAGAGCAAAGUUGAACGAAUUAAUAGUUGCUAACAAAGCUCUUCACGCUCCUUUGGACGACGACAUCACGAAUUUAAUUGGCGACGAGUGUAAAUUUAAGGGAAGUGGAAUUCAAUCCGAUCCAAUGUUGCUCGAUGUCAUAAAUCUGACAGCGAUAGCAAUUAGAAGAUUAAUAAAAAUGUCGAAGAAGAUAAAUGCAUUCAAAAAUAUGUGCCAGGAGGACCAGCUCGCUUUGUUAAAAGGCGGAUGCACAGAAAUGAUGAUCCUGAGAUCGGCAAUUAAUUACGAUCCACGUAAUCACGUUUGGAAAAUUCCUCAUACUCAGGAGAGGAUGUCGAACAUUAAGGUUGAUGUUCUGAAGGAAGCGAAAGGAAAUUUGUAUGCUGAACAUGCCAAAUUUGUGAGGACUUUUGAUCCACGAUGGAGGGAUGAAAAUAUUAUUUUAAUUCUCAGUGCCAUUGCACUUUUUACGCCUGAUAGGAGCAAAGUCGUUCAUUCUGAUGUUAUCAAGUUGGAACAGAAUUCCUAUUACUAUCUUCUAAGACGCUAUUUGGAAAGCAUGUAUUCGGGAUGCGAAGCAAAAUCGACAUUUUUGAAAUUGAUCCAGAAGAUUUCCGAACUUCACAGACUGAACGAGGAAGUCGUGGGUGUAUAUUUGAAUGUAAACCCGUCCAGUGUUGAACCCUUGUUAAUAGAAAUAUUCGACCUAAAACAUUAGUUUUACAAUUUUAGAAAAGAAUUUUUACUUUCAAGCAAAUGAGUCAUUUACCUCUUACUGUAAAUGUAAAUCUAAAACUAACUUGACAGUAGACACUGAAAAGUCCUUGAAAGUAGUUCCAAUUCAUAUCAAAAUGAUUGUUAUUCGAGAAGAAAAUACGAAACAAUCGCUGAAGAAAAGUAUUUCAUUCCUAGGAACAAGAGAAAUUAAAAGAAAUUAAAAAUUAAAGUAAAUGUGUACGAUCUUGAGUGUUUUAGACUUUUUUUUUUAGUUUUUCGUUUCUUUUUUAUGGAGAAAGUAGUUCAUUCACAAAUUACGUGUAUUUCGAUAUUUAUAUGUACUUUACUAUUGUUGACUCGUGUUUAUUUUUCACAUUACCAUUGAACAGUUUUAUAGAUUUAAGGAAUGAAGCUUCUGCCAAGUUGACAAUUGUUUAAGUUUUACUGUAAAAUUACAACAAAAAAAGUUUAGUUUUUUUUAUGAUGUAUCUUGAACUGUCCAUUUUUCCUUUCUCAACUUGGCAGAUUCUUUACGAAACGUUAACUGUAUCAGAAUUAAUCUAGCAGUGUUUUUAUUUUCUGACAUUAAUGUUGUAGUUUUUUUAAAAGUAUUGUUAAAGCACAUUCUUUUUAUUUAUUUAAAGAAAUUCAAAAUCGACGGGAUUUUUUUUAUUUGCCUUAUAUAAAUGUUAGUUUAUCAAAGAAUUCCAUCGAGAGGCCAAUUGCGUGUGAAAAUGCAAAAUGUAUCCAAUUUUGAAAAUCAUAAUUUUGGAAUUUUCGCUUAAUCGCAUAAUUCUGAAUUUUUAUUAAAUAAUAGCAUAAUAAUUGAUUUUAUACUGAUUUUUUUCCACUUACAAUAAAUAUGAUCUAUUAUGGGUUUUAAAUUAACAUAAUCAGUCAAAAACUAAAGAAUUGAGUAGUAUUUACGUUAUAAAUAAUUAUUUAUUACUAAGCCAAAAGGUAUUAGAUUCUUUAUUCAGGGUGGCCGUUUUAAUCAAAGAACGAAAUCAGGGUUAAAUGAAACUUAAUCAUUUACACUUAUAAAAUGGAAGAUUUUAACACUAUUUAAUUGUUAAAAAUUUAAAUUAAAUGAAGUUAAACUGUAAAAUUGAAUAUAUUUAAUAAAUUGAACAGUUAAAU